CAAGACCCGGCCGGGAAAGAUGCGAGCAACCUCGUAAUACGACCCCAAGUGCUGCAAGCCCAGGGUCAAUUUUGAGCAACUCGUCGAGUUUUCUUCCCUUUACCGCCCAACCCAAUGUUUGUUCCUGUCAUCCUUGAUAACUCCGGCGGCAUUGCGGGAACGAAAAUGCGGCGAACCUCGGGAAGAAUCUACCUGAUUCUUUGUUUUCAUUCUUCUUUGCUUUCGAGUACUCCGUACCGUAAUUUCAAUUCAACAUGUCUUCUAUCUGAUGAGGGGGGUUUUCAAGGGUUUUCUUCCUUCUUUCUCACGCCCCCUCCCCCCAUCUCCCUCCAUCAAACAAGGCUUGUUCGAGGCCUACCUUACCGACAACCACCUCAGACCUGUACACCCUCAGGACUGGUAUACUCCCCCAAGCCAACAGGGAAAAACGUCAAGUCCAGACCGGAUUUCAUCCGAGUUGCUUGCCCGACAUGUCUUAGUCGACGACACCACACCACAUUCCCCAUCUCCCAUUUCCCAUCCCGCCAGUCGCUAUCCUCCAUCCCGCUGAUCCAUCAUUCAAUCUCCCGUCCUCCCCCAGAUUGCCACCCGACUAUGAAACAUUCCGAUGUCCCAUCGACCGCAACAACAUGUCAGUCGGGUCUGGCGCGCGCGUAUACACACUUUUUCUGAAUCUGAUGUGUAUCUUUUUCAUCUUGUCUUGGAUUUUUUAACUUUUUUUUUGACAGCACUGGACCGGCCCGCGAACCAGAGAUGCAUAUGAAAUCUGAUGAAAAGCGGAGUCUGCAUUGGGCCGGUGAAGGAUUUCUACGAAUAGAACUGCGCCAACUCCACACCCUUCGACCGGACACCCGUCUGCAAGGACACCUGCAGGACCCUGUCCAACGGUGCACAUGGCGGAUCGACACAGCUCGAGCCAUUCUCGACCAAGACGAUGUGUUCAAGUUUUGCAAACCAUAACGCAGUGAAAGAUCAUGUGCGCGCAUCCCCUGGUUGAACCUGGUUGAACCUUCGGUGGGGGUGGGGGUGGACAACACUACAGUUUCC